AUGUCCCGCGCAUCAAAAGCCACGCUCGCAGCCACCGGCCUCGGCACAAUGGGUAUUAUUUGGUUCGUCCACUGGGCGCAGGAAGCGGAUAGGGCGGCUAUGCACAGGGGCGUCGAGCGGGAUAUGGAGAAACAACGCAUUCGAUUGGAGCGCCAGGCUGAGUUCGAAAUGCAAAAGGCACUCGAGCAGGAGUAUCUCAAGCUCCAAACGGUACACAGUACGAACGACGACUCCAGUACACCAGACAAAUCCUCGAGCCCGAAUUUAUGA